AUUUAAAGGGAAACCGACGAAUCCUUUUAAAUUUCAGACAGCCGUUGUGGAAGAUUUUGUCAUCGUUGCAUGUGCUUUUUCGCUGUUUGAACUUUUAAUUUUAAUUAUUUGACAAAAGUGUAUAUUGAAUAUUGAGGAAAAAAUGAAGAGAGUGAAAUCUAAAGCUAAUCCAUCGUCCAGUACAAGAAAUAUUGCUACGCAGACUACAGAUUUUGAUAGUUCUACUGAGAUUGCCAAAUUGCAAGAUCAAAUAAAACUCUUGCAGCUUCAGAACGAUGUUCUGAAGCAACAGACGAAAACACCUGAAAAAUCUUACACAAUGACACGUACUAAUAAACAGCUUUAUGCAUCAGAAACACCUAAAAGCAAGGAUGUGAAACAUUGUAAGUGUAAAAAAAAUUGCUCCUCACAAGCCUGUGGGUGUGUUAAAAAAAACAACAAAUGCAACUCUUUGUGCAAAUGUAAUUUUGAAAUAUGUCAAAACCAGAAAUCAAAACAUGAUGAUAAUAAGGAAAAUAUUAAUAAUAUCACUGACGUUGAGAUUUCUAUGAAUCAAAACACAAAGAGUGAUCCUAUAGAAGUAAUGUUUGAUCCCAUGAAACCAAAACAUCAAUUAUCACGAACACCACCAAAGAAAAAUUUUGGAGAGAUAAGUGAUAUAGCUGAUGAAUCACUGAUGGAUAACAAUAAAACACUAGAGCCAAUAAUUAAUAACAAUAAAUCACUAGAGAUGGAUAAUGCAAUUGAGACUCAAUCACAUUAUAAGCUAAAUAAAGAUACAACAAUUGUAUCUUCUGUUAAAGAUGUGGAGGAAGAAAAUGUUGAUUGGCAAGAGCACACUGCACAACUUAUUCCUUGUAAAAAAUGCAAACGAACUUUUAUGCCAUCCCGGAUCCAGAAACAUGAGGCAUGCUGUAAAAAGAUUUAAAAAAAAUUCUGGAAAAUUUUUUUAAAAUUUUACAAAU